CAAGUUGUUGGUGUGGCCGCCCUCCCGUCCUCGCCGUCUUCCUCACGAGAGGCUUCAUUAAAGGUUCUCCCUCUUCCUUUGGUGGGCGGAGCAACGAAGCUCACCUGCGUUGCACUGCAGCCAAAUCUCCAGUCCCACAUCGUUACUGUUAUUGAUGAACUUGGAAGAGCCUCAGCAAAGGCCCAAAAGCUAACAACACCUGUGACCAGCGCCAAUAAGUUGCAGUCUCAGCUGCAUCAAGUCUACUUGAUGAAGGAUGGAGAAAGCAAUGGAGGGCGUGGUGUCAUUGUGGGAUUUCUCAAGGUUGGCUACAAGAAGUUGUUUCUGCUAGAUCAACAAGGUGUGCACGUAGAAGCCGAGCCACUGUGUGUUCUGGAUUUCUUUGUUGCUCAGAACCUGCAAAGACACGGCUAUGGACUGGAGCUGUUCAAUUUCAUGUUGCAGGACAAGAAUUUGGAGCCAGUGCUAAUGGCAUAUGACAGGCCCUCACCCAAAUUGUUAUCUUUCCUGGCCAAGCAUUACUGCCUCACACAAAGUGUUCCUCAGGUCAAUCACUUUGUUGUGUUUGAUGGCUUUUUCCUCAACAAAUCAGUGGCCCAGUUGAGAAAGGCUCCCCUAAAAAAGCCGGAUGGCGAGAUCAAACCCUACUCGCUAAUGGAGAGAGAAGCGGUACGUCAGGAGCAGAGAACUCCUCCAUGGCCAUUUGCUCAUCCCCGUUCUUCCCAGCGGUCGGUAUUCUCCCAGUACUCCCACUCCCUCAGUGUGGGAUCCUCCCCCACCAGGGUGCCACCUCAAGCCGCCACAGUGCCUGCCCCUGGGGUGCACAGGGACCAGAACCCGCACUUUCCUCUGGAGCGCUGCCGAGCAAGAAGCAACAGCCAACAGUGUCAAGCUGCAAGAGGUCACCUGCACAGUCGCUACACGGACACCAUCUCUUUCCCAAGGCUGGGUAGACCUCUGUCAGGUCUGAGGUCGGGACAUGCGGACGUUGCCAGUAUUCCCAGACCACAGAGCAGGCUUGUCACACACCCACCUCCAUCCACGUCCAUGACCAAUGUCACCUGCAUCCCACCAUCCCAAUGCAACAGGGCUACCACACUGAGGAGCAUGGAACAUGUAGUUGGUCUUGCAAAGGAAGUCAAGGCAGCAGAGGGCGCUGCAGGAGACAUAAGCAGCAGUGGCUGGUCUUGGAAUGCGGGAAACGGCUGCUUUUCCGCCCAGCAGGUGACGCCGUGUGAAGGACCCCACCUGUCCUUGUCAGAAGCGGCUGGAUCUGUCGGAGCGCUGACAGUCACUGCCACAAACAGCCUGCAGGGGGAGAUGGAGAUGUAUUAUGCAACACUUCCAUCCAUGCUUUUUCUAUGCCGUUUAUCCUCA